AUAAGGUAGAAGUAACUGGAAAUAAGGUAGAAGUAACUGGAAACAAGGUAGAAUACAAGGCAGGAGUACGUCUUCUGGUUUCCAGCUACUGCACGUGGUGACAAAUUACAAUCAGGGAUUAGAUAUUCAUGAAUAAUUAAUGAGUAUGAGAAUGCGUGAUAAAAAAAAAAAAUUUUCCGCAAAAAAAAUUGCAUAGACAAGGACCCAAUAUCUGGUACGUUUCUGAAUUUACUGAGGCGCAAAUUGGGUUGUCUCAGCCGACAUAUGACGUCUUUCGCCAAGCAGAAUCAUACUAUAGCCAGGAGAGAAAAGAAAUCAAAGAAAAUGGCAACAAAAGUAUCUUCAAGUCUUGAAGAUCCCGUCGAGUGUCCCAUUUGCCUCGACCAGUACCAGGACCCUCGUAUCCUCCCCUGUCAGCACACCUACUGUAGAAAGUGCCUGGAAGGGUUACUGCAUGAAGCGGACAGCGGCUGGUUUUCCAUUCAAUGCCCUGAGUGUCGGAUGAUAGUGCGGGUCAAGGAUGUUUCUUCAUUACAAGUUGACACAUUGGUCAAUAGACUUCUGGCACUAGUCGAGUUGUCCAAAGAUACUGUGAAAGAAUAUAAAGGGCAACUUCAAAAGAAAAUGCAAUGUCUACGCAGAACAAAGAAGGAGGUCGAAUCCGCUUUGAAGGCAGUGAAAGACAUGCAAGAAAAAGUGAGGGAAAAUGCGGAAACUGUCAAAAAAGAGAUAGAUGAGAAAAUCGAUGUAAAAAUUGCAAUCCUAGAAGAGACGCGCGCGAAACMUAAYCAAGAGUCUARUAGCUUGACGGCGAUGAAAAUGGAGAAACUCUGCUCAAAGCAGGACGAUCURGAGAUGCGUUUGGUUGCUCUUACCAGCGUAAUGGAGUUCACUAAAAACAUUCUUGCCAAAGGUAGCAAACGUGAUGUUUUGUCAAUGACAAUCCCAAUCCAGUUGCGUUUAACAGAGCUAUCAAAAAAGGAAAUUGAUGUCGAAGUGGAUGAGAAAUACGAGCAAAUCUUGCAAGUCAAUGAGAUACCGAAUUUUUAUGAAGAUAUCGUGAACUAUCUUGUAAUCAAAGACAGAUUUGCGCCAGAUCCAGAGAAAUGCACSYUUGGUUGGAUUGAAGGCACUAGCAACAUUUUCUUACAAGUCAGGAAUUAUUUCGGUGAACCAAUUCACAUAAAAGCAAACAGGAUUCAGAUUGAUUGCUCUCAUGUUCGCGUUAAAUGCACAGAAACUAUUGGUAAACAAGGUGUAUUUCUGAUAGAAUCCAGAGCCGUAGUCUUUAAGCGACCUUCUGAUUUACACCGGGAUGACACGAGUGAUGGAGAACUGAAAAAUCUCGAAGUCCAGGUUGAUGGUCUGUCUGUCCGAGGAAGUCCUUUAGAAGUUAUCACUAAACGCAUCACAGUUUGGCAAAAAACGAAAAAUGGUAAUCCUUCUCGAAUUAUAUCACCAAUAAAGUAUUAGGAAUUAUGUUCGACCUUUUGGACGUAAUAUCAACUGAAUCUAACAGAAGAUGGAAGAAUCCUUUGCUAUCUUGACUGAGACACACCAGAGGUGAUCUUGUGAAAGUAGAAAUUUGRCACGAUAAUAUGAUAAUAUCUAAUAAUUAUAAUACACGGUUCAUAUGUAAGAAAAAGUACUUAAAAACAGAUAGAAAGGUAUCCUAUUAAGAGAUAAGCUAUCUACGUGCAGCAAACAUAAAGGUAAAAAGCAAACGCUAUUCUGUGGAAACUGUGAUAUGCUGAUUUGUAAGAAUUGCACCAUUUAUGACCACAAGGAUCAUGAAAUGUUUCUCGUAGACAUAAUCGGUAGUCAGAGAAAAAGUCUUCAAGAACAAAUCGAAGAUGUUGAGUGUGCAAAAGACGCGGUUCUUUCUGAAAUAAAAAGAGUUCAAGAUAUGAAAAAGAGAGUGGAAAUUAGGAGAGAAACUGUUGAUAAAAAGAUAGAUUCCACAAUAAAUUCAAACAUCCAAACUUUGGAAAAAAUGCGCAAAUGUCUUAAAGAAGAAGCAAGAGGAAUGAAAGAGUUCAAGUUGAAGAUAUUAUCUGAGCAACAACAUGAUGUUGAGAUUCAAUUGAAAUGUUUGAAAGACGCCAUUAAGUUCACACAAAGUAUUCUCGGACAGGAAGGACAUGCUGAUUUUUUGUCAAUGGUAGAACAAGUCUUGGUGCGUUUGCCCAAACUGUCAGGAGAAAGAGAAAGAGAAUUCGUCGAAGAUGAUGGACAGGAUUUACAAGUCAAUGGCAGCGCACCGUGUUGUGAUUUGGAGAAUUUUUUGAAAGUGGUAGAUAAAUCAAAACAAAAUACAAUGAAAAAAUAUUCAUAAAGCUUAUUAAAUUUCAUAGACAUUCAUAAUGUCAAUAACAAAUUACAUAAAUAAAUAUGCUUGCAUUUGUUGCA